GAAUAUUGGUUUUCUUGUUUGAUUAUAUUGGUUUAUUGUAGCGUAUAGUACAACAGACCAAAUCAUGUACAAACUAACUUAAUACGUUUUGACUUUGAAUAAGAUUGUUCUCUGUGCUUCCCCCUAAAGAAACGGAAGUUCACCUGUCUGUACAAAAUGUCUUAAUGUAAAUGCCGGUUACUCGCUUAAACGUGGGAAGCCAGAUGUGUUGGAGAACAAUUUAUUUACUGUCGAUUAAUAUCACGAAUUUGAAUGUUGUAUUAAUCUACGAAGUUAUCAGUAUCCUGAGCUAGUACGUUGGAACUUCUGUCAGGUUCUUUAUUUUUGUACCAGACCCGGAGAACAGAAUGUAUCCGGCACGCCGGUGUUCGAUUCUUCUUCACCGGGACAUGGCAGCGUUGUGUGUUACUUCUCGGAGACUAACUAAGAAGAAAGAACCACCUCGGAGAAACCUUUCUGUCACCGGUCUUCUACAAGGUCACAGCGGCUGUGGAGACGGCAUCAGUCCAAAGCCACAGGUGAAGACCAACGUUACGUCAUCAUCCACAUCGGCCAGCUCGAGACCAGUGUGUCCGAUGGGCAGCAGCAGCAGUAGCAGCAGCAGGCUGUUCGGUACCCUGGCCCAGACCCUGAGCAGCGCACCUCUGGCCCAGUCAGACCAGGACCCAGACCAGAAUCCGGACCAGGACCCGGAGGCCCUGGCCAACCCGGACCAGCUGCUGAGGGAAUGUGAGGAGGCCUUGCUGGGGCGGCCAGCCCGGCCACACAGGGACCUGAUGUUCCCCUGCACCCCAGCUCACCAGCACCACAGCCAGUACCAACACCCACCCAUACGGGUGAUGCAGUGGAACAUUCUAGCACAAGCCCUGGGCGAGGGGAAGGACGGCUUUGUGCGCUGCCCUCUGGAGGCCCUGAACUGGGCUGAGAGGAAGUACCUGAUCCUGGAGGAGAUCCUUACCUACCGGCCCGACAUCCUGUGUCUCCAGGAAGUGGACCAUUACUACGACACCUUCCAGCCAAUCAUGGCCAGCCUGGGCUACCACGGCAGCUUCAUGCCCAAGCCGUGGUCUCCGUGCCUGGACGUGGAGAAGAACAACGGGCCGGACGGCUGCGCCCUCUUCUACCGGCGCUCCCGCUUCUCCCUCCUCGCCACCUCCCACCUGCGCCUGUCCGCCAUGAUGCUGCCCACCAAUCAGGUGGCCGUCGUGCAGACUCUGCGUUGCCGGGCGACGGGCCGGAGGCUGUGCGUGGCGGUGACCCACCUGAAGGCCAGGAGCGGCUGGGAGAGGCUGCGGAGCGCCCAGGGAGCCGACCUGCUCCAGCACCUCAGGACCAUCACGGCUCGGGGCAGAGCGGACGCCUGCGGGGCCGGGGCGGGGCCCGAGGGAGAGGGCGUGGCCCUGAUCGUGUGCGGGGACUUCAACUCCGAGCCCACCGAGGAUGUUUACCGCCGCUUCAGCUCCUCCCCCUUGAACCUGGACUCGGCCUAUAAGCUGCUGAGCGCCGACGGCCAGGCGGAGCCCGCCUUCACCACGUGGAAGAUCCGCCCUUCUGGGGAGAGCCGCAGCACACUGGACUACAUCUGGUAUUCCCAUCAUGCCUUGUGCGUGGAGUCACUGCUGGACCUCCUCUCGGAGGAGCAGGUUGGCCCAGACCGCCUGCCCUCCUACCACUACCCCUCUGACCACCUCUCCCUCCUCUGUGACAUCAGCUUCAGGGAACAGCCCCAUAGGCUGCUCUAAUCACGCCCCCCACUUAGACACUGGCCAAUCAAAUGUCAGAUGUAAAUAACUGAAGACGGGGGAGAGAGAUACUUAUGUUCAAGCAGACAGAAUGUUUAAUAGUUUACUUUUAUACCGGACUGAUAUUUUAAGGUUAAAGACAUUUGAAAGAGUGUUUAUUUUUUUCAUAAGACAAGUUCAACUUCCCCAAGAUCGUUCAAAUACGGAUGUAGUUUUUAUUCCGAGUUUAGAUAAUCCUUUGUGGAUUUUCUUUUUACUCAAGAGGACAGUUAAAGUUAAAGGAGACAUUAAGGUGGAUGAGAGGAUAAAUAUUUUUAUGUAUUUUUGCUACACAAUCCUAUUCAUUACUUUUUUUUGGUGCUGUUACCAGUGAGCAUGAGAAAAUAAAUACAAUUUAAAUAAAAACAUACUUAGUUUUUAUGUUUUUUAUUUGUGAAAGCAGAAACGUGUUUUUUCUUGUUUCAACAUACUCAAUUUAAAAUCCUCCAUAUGCAGUCAAAUCUCAAACAGGAACAGACUGGCAAUACAAAUCAGUCAGGAACAUUACUUCAUUUUAUUUUCCAUGUCACACGAGUCAACCAACAUAAAUGUUUCAAACAUUAUAAUAAAUAUUUUUUUUUCAAUAAUUAUCUUCAUGUCAGCAUUUUUUUUUUAAAUCUUCAGUUCUCAUUACUAGCAUUCAUUUGUAUUAUAGGUUAGAAGUUGAAGGAUUAUUUCACUCAAAAUAAGACGACAAAGUUAAAUGAGUUCUCCCUCUUUCACCCCAGGUAUAGCUCUUCUCUGCUUAACCAUUCCAUGUAUCCCUCCAUCACACUGGUCACAAUACCAUACUCUCAUCGUUUAACAUUAAGACUUUUGAAAAAAAAAAAAAAAAACAUUUACAUUGGAAAAUAAAUUAAUGAAUAAUUUGUUCCCCAAAGACAGCCCUUUAUCAAUUG